AUGUUAUUAGAUAACGACGCAUUCCUUUCAGCAUUAAACAAAUUAUAUCAAACUACAUCAAAAAAAGGAACUGUUUGGGUCACAAUGAAGAAAUAUGUAGAUUCAGAUUCAAACUUUUCACGUAAAAAAGCAGAAAGAAUUAAAGAAUCAGAAGAGGAAGAAAAUAAAUGUUUAGUUAGAGCAACAAAUGGUAAAAAAAAGAUAUCAACAAUUGUUCUCGCUAAAGAUAAAUCAAUGUUUGAAAAGAAUUAUAAAAAUGUUUUACUUAUUAAUUUAGAUAAUCUUAAAGUUGAGAAAAAGAAACCUACUCCCACCACAACUCCUAGUUCUUCAACUACUGCAAAAACUGCUGCAAAGAAAACUAAAGUCUAA